AAUCCAUAAACCCCCCAAAAACCAACACUAAACCACAACCACACACGCGCCAUAUACCACCUUCACUAACACUAACUCACUUCGCUUCUCCGUUACUUCGAAGAAAGAAAAGUAAAACAAUGGUGUCAUCAUCGUUGUUCAACCCUUCCUUCUCCACUCUCACCCCAAAACCUACUAAUCCAACUACCAACAGAAAAAACCGCCUCGCCCCCAACGUAAUAGCAUGCACCUCAUCCACAUACGAUUCCUCCUCUCCCACCACAAGCACAAACUCUCACCCACCGACGGCGCCGCCGCCAAACCACAGCCACCGCAACGCCGAAGAGAACAUCAAGGACGAGGCACGCCGCCACCGCUCGGCUUCCGGUAGCGACAGCCGAGGCUUCACGGCGAGGUACGUUCCCUUCAACGCGGGAUUCGACUCGGCGGAAUGGUACUCCCUGGAUGAUAUCGUGUACCGUAGCCGCUCUGGCGGGCUGCUUGACGUUCAACACGACAUGGAGGCGCUGUCGAGGUUCGACGGUGCGUACUGGCGCUCUCUGUUCGACUCGCGAGUGGGGAAGACUGCGUGGCCGUACGGCUCCGGCGUAUGGAGCAAGAAGGAGUGGGUGCUACCGGAGAUCGAUCCCGACGACAUCGUUAGCGCCUUCGAAGGAAACUCCAACCUCUUCUGGGCCGAACGGUUCGGAAAACAGUACCUCUCCAUGAACGACCUUUGGGUCAAGCACUGCGGCAUCAGCCACACCGGAAGCUUCAAGGACCUGGGCAUGACCGUCCUCGUCAGCCAGGUGAACCGAUUGCGCAAGUUGAACCGGACGGUUGUAGGGGUUGGGUGCGCUUCAACAGGUGACACGUCAGCGGCUCUCUCGGCAUACUGCGCGGCGGCGGGGAUCCCUUCCAUCGUGUUCCUUCCCGCGAACAAGAUCUCAACGGCGCAACUGGUUCAGCCGAUUGCGAACGGCGCGUUGGUUUUGAGCAUCGACACCGAUUUCGACGGCUGCAUGAAGCUGAUUCGUGAGAUCACUUCAGAGUUACCUAUCUACUUGGCGAACUCGCUGAACAGCCUGAGGCUGGAAGGUCAGAAAACCGCCGCUAUUGAGAUUCUUCAGCAGUUCGAUUGGGAGGUUCCCGAUUGGGUCAUCGUUCCCGGCGGAAACCUAGGGAACAUCUACGCCUUCUACAAGGGAUUCAAAAUGUGCAAGGAUUUAGGGCUCGUGGAUAGGAUCCCAAGGCUCGUUUGCGCUCAAGCCGCGAACGCGAAUCCUCUGUACCGGUACUACAAGAGCGGGUGGAAGGAGUUUAAGGCCGUGACCGCGAAAUCGACGUUCGCUUCUGCAAUACAGAUUGGCGAUCCGGUUUCUAUUGAUAGGGCGGUGUUUGCGCUGAGAAAUUCGGAGGGGAUUGUUGAGGAGGCGAGCGAGGAGGAGCUGAUGGAUGCCAUGGCUCAAGCUGAUUCGACGGGUAUGUUCAUAUGUCCGCACACUGGGGUGGCUUUGACGGCGCUGAUUAAGCUUCGGAGGAGUGGGGUGAUAGGGCCCACUGAUCGGACGGUGGUGGUUAGCACUGCCCAUGGGUUGAAGUUCACUCAGAGUAAGACUGAUUAUCAUUCUGGUGCUGUUCCUGGGAUGGGUCGGUUCGCUAACCCUCCCGUGAUGGUCAAUCCGGAUUUCGGAUCCGUGAUGGAUGUGCUCAGGGGUUUCUUGAAGAGUGACCGCCUAAAGAACAAGUGACUUUGAAAGAAUAUGCUUAUGCAGUUAUGCUUACUGGUAAAACUUAGUUUGUGUUGAUGGAAAAGUUUUGUAAUUUUUGUUAGCAAUAUUAGGGUCAACAACAUUUGUGAUUAGUAGCUAUCAACUAAUUAUUAAUAAUGAUUUGAUGGUGUGAAGUUGGUCAUCCAAUGACUUACCUUUUUUUACUGGUUA